AUGUCAGGUCUCGACGUUGAAGCCCUCCUCGAGUCUACCGCGGCGGCCACCCCCCAGGACUCAGCACCGUCUCAGGAGCGCGAUGACCCUUUGAAUGCAGACAGCAGUGAACGACGCGAUCGCGAUCGUUCGCGGGAUCGUGAGCGCAGACGACGCGACCGGAGCCGUGACCGACGCCGUGAAAAAGACGCCGAUGGAGAUGAAGACAUGAAGAGUCCGAAGAGCGAACAUGGCAGUGCUAACGGAAGCCAUAGAAGCAGAAAGAGGAGCAGAAGCCGCGACAGCGAGCGCCGUCGGUCCCGUCGCGACCGCUACGGCGAUGACUAUCGCUCCGGCGGAGAUUUUUACCGCGGAGGUGGCCGGGCUCGCACACGAUCUCGCUCCCCCUAUGAUGAUCGCUACUACCGGCCUUCCGGUCGCUCGCGGCGCGAAGACCGGGAGGAAGACCGACGCUCUCGUCGUGAGCGCAAGCGCAGCCCGAGCAAGGAGAAGUCUCCGGAGCUUAAUGAGGAUGAGCGUGACAGGCGUACCAUCUUCGUCCAGCAGCUUGCCGCGCGGCUGAGGACGAAGGAACUGAUCGCUUUCUUCGAAAAGGUUGGACCCGUCAAAGAGGCUCAGAUUGUGAAGGAUCGUGUCAGUGGACGCUCCAAAGGUGUUGGUUACGUUGAAUUCAAAAGCGAAGAGUCCGUCGCGCCCGCUAUUCAGCUCACCGGUCAGAAGCUUCUAGGAAUCCCGAUCAUUGCACAGUUGACGGAAGCGGAGAAGAACCGCCAGGCCCGCAACCCAGAGGCCAGCAGUGGACACAACCACGCGGCACCAUUUCACAGGCUAUACGUGGGUAACAUCCAUUUCAGUAUCACUGAAAAUGACCUCCAGAAUGUUUUCGAACCCUUUGGCGAACUCGAGUUUGUUCAACUUCAAAAGGACGAAACAGGCCGAAGCAGGGGCUAUGGUUUCGUACAGUUCCGUGAUCCCAAUCAAGCUCGUGAAGCUUUGGAAAAAAUGAAUGGCUUUGACCUUGCUGGUCGAGCAAUCCGUGUUGGCCUUGGCAACGAUAAGUUCACCCCUGACUCGUCAGCGCAACGCUCUCAGGGCCAUGGUGCGAACCAACAGAAUUUUCAGGGCUCUUCAUUCUCUGGCCAAGGAGGGCGUGGUAUCCAGGCUGGUGGUACAAGUAGCUUUGACCGUGCUGGUGGCCGUGAUUCCGAGAAGGGAGCUGGCGCAAGUGCUCUGGACGAUACGGACGUUGCCGGUGUGAACUUCAACAACUAUAGUAGGGACGCAUUGAUGAGGAAGCUUGCAAGAACAGAUGAACCUGCCGAACCUGCUGCCGACGACAAGCAGAAACUACUUCGCCCCAAGACAGAAGUCAAGCCGCUGCCUGUGAACGUCAACAUGGCGAGCCGUUGUGUUCUGCUUCGGAACAUGUUUGAUCCUUCUGAGGAAGAAGGUGAAGCUUGGAUCAAAGACCUGGAGGAUGACGUCCGCGCUGAGUGCGAAGAGAAAUAUGGCCAUGUUGUUCACAUUGCACUAGAUCCCAACUCUCAAGGCGACAUAUACCUCAAGUUCGACCGGGUUCAAGGCGGCGAGAAUGCCAUCAAAGGCCUCAACGGACGAUUCUUCGGCGGUCGCCAGAUCACCGCCCAGCCUGUUGUCGAUGCUGUGUACAGCAGCUUGUUCUCACGCACGAAAGCGAUCUAG